AUGGCAUCCUGCUUCCAGAAGCCGGUAGUAGAGGAAAAUGGUAGACUGAAGAAGCUAGAGAGGAGGAUGGGGGAGCUGGCUCGUGUGCUGGAUAUGGUCCAAAAUGAGACUGACAAACUGCAGAGAGAUGAUAGACUGCAGAAGCUAGAGAAGAGGACAGAGGAGGUGGCUCGUGUGCUGGACAUAGUCAAAGAUGAGACAGAUGAUAGACUGCAAGAUCUCCAGAAUACAACAAGGGAGCUGUCUCGUAUGCUGAAAAUGGUCAAAGAUGAGAAUGAAAAACUGAAGUCAUUUCUGAAGGAGUGCAAAAAAGAUUGCUGUCAAACACCUGCAUGUAAUGGGAGCCUUCCUCAAAACUCCACAGAAACGAAGCCAUGUCCUCCCCAGCCAUGUCCUCCUCAGCCAUGUCCUCCUCAGCCAUGUCCUCCUCAGCCAUGUCCUCCACAAAGCUGCACAGAAGCAAAAGUACCUGACUGUCAAACACCAGCAUGCAAUCCAUGUCCUCCACAGCCGCGUCCUCCCCAGGUGUGCCCUACUCAGAACUGCAAAGAGGAGAAUGUACCUGAUUGUCAAAGACGUGCAUGCGAUGGGGGUAACAGAGAGUGCUCUGCCUGUUCAGAAGAGAAUGUACCUGAAGUCUGUGAACAGCAACCCACAAGCUGUGUUGUGAAUGGGUAUGACUUCCCUAAUGGAGCUGUGAUCCCUGGUGGAGACCCCUGUCAAGAGUGUAGAUGUGUGGAUGGAAAUAUGGCAUGUUCACCUGUCCGCUGUCCUGCGUUGUCUUGUCACAACCCAGUGCGUCAUACUGGAGAGUGUUGUCCACAAUGUGAGCAGUGUAAAUUUCAGUCCAAAGUAUAUGAGAAUGAAGAGACGUUCACAUCCAAGAGACACCCCUGCCUCCAAUGCCACUGCUCUGCGGGUCAAGUGUCAUGUGAACACAUGGCUGCAUCAUGUCCUACACCACAGUGUACUCAUCCAGCUAAGCACAGAAGACAAUGUUGCCCCACAUGCAGUAAGUGUGAGUAUGAACGGAGGGUGUAUACUGAUGGGACAGCGUUCACCUCUGCUGGGAGUGGAUCCUGCCUGCAGUGCAGGUGUAAGGCAAAAAUGUACUUUGCAGUGAAGAAAAGUGCCCUCCAGUCCACUGCUCCAACCCUGUUAGAGACCCACAUCAUUGCUGUCCAGUCUGCAAAAGUUGCAUAA